AUUUAAAAGUCAGGGAAUUUGCAUAAAAAGUCAGGGGAAGGUCAGGGAAAAGUCAGGGAAUUUGAAAACUCCAAUUGCGUGGCCACCCUGGUCCCUCCCUCCGUCCCUCCGCCCCUCUAGGACCGUAUUUUCACUUUUCUUUCUGCUCCAGGCGCCUAUUUGAUGACGCUGCCGACGAGGCGGAUGUUGGCGUGUCCGGCGACAUUCCGUGGAGCGAGCAGGAGAGAGGCGAGGCCACGACAAGGAUGCUCUGUGACGAUGGCACGGUCACGGUGAAAAGGAUCCCGGCCGAUGGCCACUGCCUCUACCGGGCAGUCCUCCACCAGCGCCUGCCACCGGAUCGCCGCGACCAGAUCCCCGACGACGACGCGGUGGCCGAGCUCCGACGCGAGGUGGCCGGAUUCAUGCGAAAGAAUCGCUCCACUUUGCAGCAUUUCUACACCGCCGAUAAAAGGCAGGACCUAGACCACUCCAUCGAUCUGGUCGAGGACGGUGGCUGGGGCGACCACAUUUCCUUAUACGCCGUGGCAAAUUUGUGGUCGUCACCCAUCGAAGUUUUGAUGGAGUACGGGCCGAAAAUGGUCCACUACCCUGACGGCCAGGACACCAUCGGCACGAGCCCAUCCGCGCCGCCCCCAACCCUGCGUCUCGCCUACCGCUGCGCGCCGGACGCGGACGGACAAAUGGUCUACGUGCAUUAUGACAGCGUGGUGGAGGUUGACGGCCAGCAACCCGCCGCCUCGGCGCCCAGCACAGCCGCCCCGCCGCCCAGCACCGCUGCCCCGAGCGCAACGCCUCCGCGCAGCGCGUGCAGCACGUCCUCACGCGGCAGCAGGGCUCCCCGCCGGCCGCACAGCCCGCCAGCGACCCGGAGCCCGCGGAAGAGGCUCUGCCCCGCGGCCACGGAGACCUCGGCGACAUCUGGCCCUUCGCAGUCCUCGCAAGAGCUGGUGGACCCGCCGUCACCCACGCCCGGCGUCCUGGCGCCCGGCUCGCCGAACGCGGAUUGCAUGUCGGCCAGUCAGCCCUCGCAGCCGUCGCAGGACACCGACGCGCAGGUCGCCGCCGCCGACGACGACGACGACGCGCAGGCCACCAUCGACGAGCGGGUCGCCACCGUGGACCACGGCGCACAAACCAGCGUGUCCGAGCGGGUUGUCGAGGACCUCGCCGCGCAGGUCUACGAGGACGAUGACGACGCCCAGGGCACCGUCGUUGACGACAUGGAGGGUCUAGUCACCACCGCUUUCUCCCCCGUCCGGCCCAUCAGCCCCGUAAGCUUUGGCGGGAAGAGCGCGCCAAGAAACAGGCUACUGUCUCCAGAAUCCUCCAGCGGCUUCCUUACCUUGGUGCCAGAGCUGACCAGCGCGCAGCGGGCCAGUGAAUGGGUGUGGUCCCAGACACUCUCGGACGUCCCUGUGGACGACGACGAAGCCAACGACCUUCCCCUGGUGGAUGAGAGACUGGAUCCCAACAGACAAGACGCUGCCACGGGAGUAUCAACUAUAUUCGGCAUACUAACCGAUUGGCAGUAUCAAUCGGUUGCUGCAACCCAACCCUCAAAAAAAGACAACAGGUCCUUGCAUCCCGUGGCAAAAACAAGAACUGUUUCGACUAACGUGGUUUUAUCGUCUGGUACCCUAGUGGGAACUUUCCAAGUUUUUGAUACGUAAGGUACCUCUAUAAUUAUUCUGAUUGAAUAAUUGAUCUCAGAUUUUAACUUGCAUGUAUAUUACACGCAUUCAAUUUGCAUGUAAAAUCAUUUUUGCUGUGACAAUCAUUUUUUAUAUAUUUUUAUGACGUAUUUGAUACAAAGUGUUUAAUUAAAUACACACUUUCGUAG